ACCUCGUGCGCCCAAUCCACCCGUCCUGAACGAUACUCUGGCGUCAGGUCGAGCGAUGUGACUCCGAUGAUCAGCCGUGAUUACCCGUGAAACUGGUCCAAUCCUUCGUCAGGUCCUCUCUCUCUCUCUUCGUUCCUCUCAACCUCCAUCUCCUCGGCAUCCUCUUCGUCAUCGUCCCUGUCACAGAGCCAUAUCCCAGCCUCCCUGCUCCUCCUGGACCCUUUCUCGCUCCCACUCGGGUCCCUCCUCGGUCUUGUUUCGCGGUGAUAAUAAGUUGCGCGUACCUCCGGGUACGUGGCGCUUGGCGUCUCAAUUCGCCGGGACGGCCGCAAAACGGGUCGGACCUUAAGGAGGACGUCCUCGGUGACGGCGCGACGUCGCGACGCGACAAAGAAGAGCAGAAGGAGCGCGUGGCCGAACGCGCGCUCUCUGUCUAGUGUUCGAACGUGGCUGUUUGAUGUUUGCGCCUCGGAGCGCUUCUGCGAUUUGCCUUGAAGAUCCGAGCAAGUUCAGCGACGCCAGGACGUUCGUCGUCGAGGAACGGCUCCACGCUUCUACGUCUUCCCCUCCUCGGUACGACGCCACCGCAUCGUCUUGUUUACAAGCUCAGUCGCGAUCUGAGCUGGCUGCGUCCCGCGUCACGUCGCAGGAUCAUCGUGGACGGCGAGAAUGCCCCAGCCCUAGGACACCACGAGUACCGGACAUCAACCUAGCACCCUGCCGACGUCCCGACGGCGAGCGGGACAGCGUGCGCGACGUCCUGCCAUCCUGCUCGACCCGCGUCCUUCGUCCUCGUCCUCGUCCUCGUCGUCCUACGCGCGCACUCGGCGCGCGACACGCACGAGGAACGCGGACCACGCGAAUAUGAGCAUGACUCUCGUCCGCAACGCGUUCAAAGGGUGCAGCGAGGACGAGACAGGUGCCGAUGCGGAGGUGGCUGGUGGUGGCGGAGGUGGCGGCGGCGGCGGCGGAGACGGAGACGGGGCAUCGGGCAAGCAGGGAGAACGAUGCCCCCAGUGUGGCAUCCUCUGUCGAAACUUGCACGCCCUGCAGCUACAUCUCGAAGACAUCCACAAGACGUCCUACUCCAUCGACAAGCACGACCUAGGCGCUCAGUUCUCCCAAGUCUCCUGCAAGGUCUGCAGCAAAACUUUCGCCAACGUGUACAGAUUGCAGAGGCACAUGAUCAGCCACGACGAGAGCGCCGUACUCAGGAAAUUUAAAUGUCCCCACUGCGAGAAGGCCUUCAAAUUCAAGCAUCACCUUAAGGAACACCUACGCAUUCACAGUGGAGAAAAGCCAUUCCAAUGCAACAAUUGCGGUAAACGAUUCUCCCAUUCGGGCUCCUACUCCAGUCAUAUGACUUCGAAAAAGUGCUUGAUAGUUAACCUGAAGAAGUCCAGGCAAAGCGCAAUCAGCAACGUCGACAGAGCGGCCAAGAAGUCCCAGCAGCCAUUGCAAUCACGUCGUGACGUUGAUCUCCUAGUUGCGAACAAUAAUACUUUUCUCCCUAUUCUACCGAAACUGUCUCCCUCCGACUAUCAAGAUCUUCAGCAAAACGGAGGAGGAAUCUACGAUAUGCCGACUCUACUACCUCAGAUGAUAGGAUUCUCCAGCUACUUCCUGCAGUCCUCCCUGGGCAAGAUCCUGAAUCAACUACAGUCGAAGAGACGCGACGAAGUGGCUGAACAGUUUGAAACAAAACGUGAAACAAUGAGUCCCUCGACGGCGGAUUCCGAAGGUACGGAAGGAACGGAAGGGAAGGAGUCACCGGCCCCGGCGGACUCGCAAGGCCUGGACGGGGUCCGUCGUAUCCUGGAGACCGUCAACACAUCGGUGACCAAGCAACUGCUCGAGGCCAAUGUGAGAAAGUUGGCUUCGUCGCCGGCGACGAUAAAGCGCGAAUACGUCGAGGAUUAUCAGGAUCAGGAUAGCGAAAUGUCUAGCGAAGUGACGCACUAUCCGGACUGGCCGGCGACGGAUCAAUACGAUUCGCAGAGCGAAGGUCUAGCCGCGAAACUUGAGGACGCCAAUCAGACGGCCGGCAGGAAGAGCUGCAAGAGAAAGGCGGACCUGGAAACUAUGGUGGAGACCUCCGAGGCGGAUACCGAUGACGAGGACGAGGGUAGCCAACUGCAAGGUGACUCUGGAAGAAAAGUCAGGGCCAGGUCGUUAAUCGACGACGCCCAAUUGGCUGUUCUCAAGGGUUACUACGCGAUCAAUCCUCGUCCUAAAAAGGAAGAGAUUACCAUGAUUGCCAAUUACAUUAACUUUCCUACGCGUGUCGUUCAGGUCUGGUUUCAAAAUUCCCGUGCAAGAGACCGCAGAGAAUCCAAGAUCCCGGCUCUUGUACCCUUACCGGUCUCUGGGUGUCAGACGAUCGUCGAGCAGCCACUGGAUCUUUCGAAAAAGGAGCUGAGUAUCUCGGUGGUCAAGGACAGUGAUACCUCCAGUAGAAACACUGCCUCUCCCUUCGGUCCGAAGGAGGACAAUCCGGUACUGCCAAUACCGGAAGCCGAUGACCUUGAAGACUCUCCCUUGGUCAUUGACGAAGAAACGACUGAUUCUGUGGAGACCAGGCAGCAGCCUGCUACUGGCGACGUUGCUGUCAAGAGUCAGUCACAGACCCAAAUAAAGAACGAGAGCGAUGCAGUAGCUCGUGCCGAUGCCCCGUCCACAGUGGAAGCCGAACAGGAAGGCCUCUACUUUUGCGACCAGUGCGACAAGACGUUUUCGAAGCACAGCUCUCUCGCGAGACAUAAAUAUGAACAUUCCGGGCAAAGGCCGUACAAGUGCGUGGAGUGCCCGAAGGCGUUCAAGCACAAGCAUCACCUGACUGAACACAAACGGCUGCACAGUGGCGAAAAGCCUUUCCAGUGCCGCAAGUGCCUCAAGCGCUUUUCUCACUCCGGCUCCUACAGCCAGCACAUGAACCACCGUUACUCGUACUGCAAGCCCUACAGAGAAUAGGAGGAGCUUGCACCAUCAUCCAAGGCCCACUCGCUUAGCUAAGUAUACCUACGGACCUUUUAAUUCAGGACUUAGGAUUUAGGUCUCGUUCACAACGGUCGACGUCACGCGUCGGUAUCGGAAGACAGCGGCGACGCGCGAGAUUACCAAGGAACGAAACGAGGAGAGUGGAUACACGAAUUCUAGGCAAACGUACAAAAGGAGUGAUUGAGUGAGACGAAGAAAGAGAAAUUGUUUUUUUUUUUUUCUGUUUAAAUGGCGACUGAAUUUUACCGAGAUUUUUCGAAAACGGUAAGCGACAUCACAGGUAGCGAACAUUGGGAGAGUCUGACGUGCGUGAGUGCGUGGCACGUGGGAGACGGAAGGAAAGAUGGCGAUUGAGAACGAUCGGAGGAUUUCGAGAGGGACACGGAAAAACAAGCGUGCGUGUGCGCCGGUGUUAUUAGCGAAUGCUGCGUCGACGGGGGAACAAAGGUGUUUCGCCACGCCUUGAAAUACGCAGAGGCGAAUUACGUGGCGACGGGGACGGCCGUGGCUACCGACGGCCCUGAGCUUCCUCUCGAAAGGGCCCGCGCUCCCGCGUGGCCCACGUAUGAAACUUUCGUAGCAGCCAGUGGCGCGCUCUCGCGGCUCGUCGCGUGAAAUGAAAAUAAAGGCAACACUAACCAAAAAAAGAAAAAAGGAAAAAAUGCAAAAAACAACACGUAAC